AUGACAGAAUCCAGGCCACGCAAGUCCGAGCAGGCAUUAGCCACACUACGAGCGUGGCGUGCAUGGCGCUCGAAGCACAGAAUGCCAUUGGAGGAAGCACUGAAAAACCCCGGAGCGUGGCGUCUGUACAAGGAGAUGUUGCAGCAUAACGGUACUUCAAAAGCGGAUGUAAAUAGCUACGAAGAAUGGCUUGAGAUGACUAAAUGUACUCAGCGCUGGGUUGAAUGGAAGCGAGCUCAUCCCAAGCCACUGCGGGAAGUUCUAGCGGACCCGGAGGGCUGGGCGCUCUUCUACGCCAUGAAGCAGGAGAAGGGCGCUACUGUGCCUCCAACCUACGAAGAAUGGCUGCAGCAUCAGGACCAAAGAAGAAGCAUUGCGUAUGAAGCCUGGGUGCAAUGGCGGCGCCAGCAUCCAGGCCCCCUUACAGAGGUACUUGCGGACCCAGAGGGAUGGGCCCUGUACAAGGCCAAACGCGCAUCACAAGACACCAAGUUGCCUGAGACGUAUGAGGAAUGGUGCCGAGACCCCAACACGAUCAAAGCAAUGGCGAUGGAAGCCUGGACAACGUGGAGAAGGGCACACCCAGGCGCUCUGCGGAAGGUUUUGGCUGACCCUGAGGGCUACCAGUUCUAUAGACACAUGUUGGAGUCGUCGGGAAAGCAGGCGGACCCGACUUACGAGGAGUGGAGGGAAAGAAGAACAAAUGCAUCAUGGCAAGCAUGGCGCCGAGAGCACCCUGGUCCCUUAGUUCGUGUGCUGGCGGACCCGUGUGGAUGGCGAUUGUACAGAAGUGACCUGGAGCAGCAGCAGCAAAAGAGCGGCAGUAAAGAGGAGCUGCCGGCUACAUACGAAGAGUGGCUGCAGCUUCCUCAGCAGCAACGCAACGCGGGUAAAAAGGAAAAACAACUGUCCGGCAGUAGCGAAUCCGAGUCGAAGAGGGGCUCUAAUACGGCCAAUACUAGGAGCAGGACAACCGGCAACCCUAAAGGCAAGCAGCAAAGUGCGGCAAUGGAUGCCUGGCUGUCCUGGCUGGGGGGACAGCACUCCACGGAUCUCAAUGAGCUCUUGCAGAACCCUGAGGGCUGGGAGCUCUACAGAGCUGCCAUGAGCAAACCCAGGCGCCCCCUUCCCGAAACGUACGAAGGAUUCAGAACUCUCGAGGCUGCAUCAAAGGCAUGGUCGGCGUGGCGUGAGGAGCACCACGGCAACCCCGUGACUCCGCACUCAUGCACGCUAGAGGAAUGCAAAUACCCGCAACAUAUACGGAGUGGUUGCAGAUGCCGGAGCAGCGUGUAA